AGGCGCAGGCGGAGGAGCAAGAGAGGCAGGCACGGUUCGCCGAGGCGCAGGAGCGACUACGGGGAGGGUCUGGCCCGACCAGAUUCGGCAGCGCCACCUCCCUGGGGGACGAGGAGUCCGGCGCCCUCGCGCCCUCCCUCGGGCACGGUGGCGACCCCCACGGCGAGGACCGGAGGAGUUCGACUUCGGCGACAUAAUGAUCCACCAGGUCAUCGAGACGAUCGAGUAUGUCCUCGGUACGGUGUCGCACACCGCCUCGUACCUGCGGCUCUGGGCCCUGUCCCUGGCGCACCAGCAGCUCUCCCUCGUCUUCUUCGGGGUGCUCCUCAGCGGGCUGUCGAUGCCCUUCCCGCUCAACGUUUUCACCACCUACAUCGCGUUCGCCUUCUGGUUCUCGGUGACGGUUGGCAUAUUGUGUGGUAUGGACACCAUGGAGUGUUUCUUGCACACGUUGCGGCUACACUGGAUCGAAUUCCAGAGCAAGUUCUACAAGGCAGACGGCCACGCCUUCGAGCCGUUCUGGCACCGGACCGUCCAGGAGAAGGUCGAGGACUGAGCGGCGCCCCGAGAGGCCUCGCGCGGCGCGCACCUGGCGCGGACCCCGCCGCGAGGCCACGGGAGAGGCCCCGCUCGCGGGCGGCCUCGGUCGGAGGAGGACACUUCAGGACACUGCGAAGGGAUGUUCACCGAGCACUCCCUGUGGUCCCCUCGCACCUGGCGUGCGAGGGAGCACUCCUGACAAGAGCUGCGAAGGGGUGCUCGCGGAGGCACGCGCCACGGCUCUGCCGCCGUACCGCAGUGCGCGCUGUGGCGCGCGGGCGCGCGCGCCGAGAGUGCGCGAACACGGAGAGGCGACGCACUCGCGGAGGCACAGCGCCACCGGCCCGCGGCACC